AAGAAAAGAAAAACUUGAUCACGUAUUUAAAACCUCAAAACCCCCCCUUUUCUUCAAACUCUGUUCACCAUCUCCGACAAAAAAGGACAACGCCGGAACAAAUUUUAAGAAAGAUGCACAGAUUUCCUAAAUUGGACAAAGGAGCUAAAGCUCUUAUAACAGCAGGACUUCUUGGAGGCGCUGGCCUCUAUACUGCUUCUAACGUCCUUUACAACGUUGAAGGAGGUCACAGGGCUAUCGUUUUUAAUCGCUUAGUUGGUGUGAAAGACAAGGUUUACCCUGAAGGAACACAUGUCCUUAUUCCGUGGCUGGAGAGGCCUAUUAUUUAUGAUGUCCGUGCUCGCCCACAUCUUGUCGAGAGUACUUCAGGGAGUCGUGACCUCCAAAUGGUGAAAAUUGGUCUUCGAGUCCUCGUAAGGCCUGAGCCAGAUCGGCUUCCUACAAUAUAUCGUACUCUUGGACAAGACUAUAAUGAGAGAGUUCUGCCUUCAAUUAUCCAUGAAACUCUCAAGGCUGUUGUUGCGCAAUACAAUGCUAGCCAGCUCCUCACUCAGAGAGAGGCUGUUAGCCGUGAAAUACGGAGACUUUUGAUCUCCAGAGCUGCCUCGUUUAACAUUAACCUCGAUGACGUCUCAAUCACAGCUCUAACCUUUGGAAAAGAGUUCACACAUGCAAUUGAAGCUAAGCAAGUUGCAGCACAAGAAGCUGAGAGAGCUAAGUUUAUAGUUGAGAAAGCUGAGCAAGAAAAACGAAGUGCAAUUAUAAGAGCACAGGGUGAAGCUAAAAGUGCUCAGCUGAUCGGUGAGGCGAUUGCUAACAACAAGUCGUUUGUGGCACUUAGAAAAAUUGAAGCUGCAAGGGAUAUAGCUCAAACAAUAGGCAAAUCUCAAAACCGUGUGCUAUUGAACUCUGAUGAACUUCUGCUGAAUCUCCAAUCAUUUAACCUUGAGAACAAGUAAUGUAGGCUGUCUGAUUUUGCUACUACUACAUAAUGCCACCAAUCUACUAUGUCUGUUAGAUAAUGUAGUUGGAAAUGAUCUUUCAUUCCUAGAAUUUGACUGGAUUUAUCUUAAAUAAUAGAAACACUUUUCAA